CUUAGUUAGGUUAUAAAGAAUCACAGAUCUUCGAUAAAUUUGACAUUAACAUUUUCAACUCCUACCUGUACGUACGUAGUAGGGAGAAAAAUAUGUUUGAUGAUAUUUCGCGAAAAUCGAAGUGACGAAAGUUUCAGUAGUGUUUGGGAUGACACUCAUAACAAGACCAAAAAUCUACCAAAAACCCUGUAUCAGUUAGGUGUUUUCUUACGUUUUAAUCUAAUGAAUUGUCAGGUAGAAAACUCAAUUCCCAGAACGCAGUAAAACACUUAUUAAUCGGAAAAAUGUAUACGUUAAGAACAUUAUUUGUGAUUUCUUGUGUACUGAUUGCUACAUUCCACAAGGAAUGUCUCGCGCAAGAUACAUCAAGUCACUGCGUUUGGUAUGGCGAGUGCCACAUCCGAGGUAACGUCAAACAGAACUGUCCCUACAACGGUCCAGCGAAACCUCUGAGCGCGGACGGUGUGGAUAUACUCAAAAGGAGAUGUCCACACUUGGUCAAAAACGGCACCACGUCCACUUGCUGCAACGAAGACCAGCUGAGAACCAUGGAUACCAGCAUAAGACUCGCAGCCAAUUUCUUGCAGAGAUGCCCUUCCUGUAUGAAGAAUUUCAUGCAGAGCAUCUGCGAUUACAGUUGUUCGUCGGAUCAGUCCAAAUAUGUGGAAGUCGUUAAAAUCAAUAAUGAUAACGGGACGGAUUUCAUAGAUGAGAUCAACGUAUACAUCACCCAGGAUUACAUCGAAGGCACCUUCAACUCUUGCAAAAGGGUGAGUGUGCCUUCGACCGGUCAGCUGGCCUUGGAUCUCAUGUGCGGACCGUGGGGAGCUGCAAAGUGUACUCCGUACAGGUGGUUCGAGUACAUGGGUCAAGCAGGAGAGAACAUCUUUGUACCUUUCCAGAUCAAUUACAAAGUAACGGAGGUUCCGAUUAAACAGUUUGUUCCUCUGGAUCCUCCAAUAAUCCCUUGCAGUAGUGCUCUAGAUGAGCGGACUCCACAGUGCAGUUGCGUGGAUUGCGAGGAGAGUUGUCCUGCGCCACCGCCAGAACCCUCUCCGCCCUCCCCAAUCUCCAUAUUAGGACUCACCCUGUACAAAUUCAUCAUAUUGAUGAGUUUCUUCGCAGGAGCCUUUUUGAUAAUAAUUCUGGUGUUGUUUUGCCCAGAAAGAACAUCGGUAUCGGUGGUGAAGGAGCAUGGUUCACCAGAGAUGCAUAGAGGUCAUAUAGGCUGGCGUUUCGCCGGUCAGGUACAGCAGUCUUCGUCACAAGUAGCGCUCAGCGAAGGCGAAGAUAGUCCUCUGCAGCAACCGAAACCAUCCAGUACUUUAUCCGAUGUGGACAGCGAAGUUGACGAAAGUUCUGUGGCCAAGAGGUCUCUUGGCAACCAAUCGUCGUUUUUGGAGAGACUAGGCCUCUUCACCGACACCUACAUCCAGAAUUUUUUCGAGAGGUGGGGUGUUUUCUGCGCCGAAUACCCCUGGCUGGUGCUUUUCCUUGGAAGCUGCGUCGUUAUUGGUCUUGGGCAUGGAAUAGUGAAGCUAGAAAUAACAACAGAUCCUGUCGAACUAUGGGCUUCCCCCGUCUCACGCAGUCGUAUCGAGAAAGAGUACUACGACAAGAACUUCGAGCCUUUUUACCGAACCGAACAGAUAAUCAUAAGAGCCGUUGGAUUGGAACCUAUAGAGCAUGCCACAUCGGAUGGAAUGUUGAAGUACGGACCUGCCUUCAAUGAUACAUUCCUCAAGGAGGUUCUGCGUUUACAAGAAAGAAUCAAAGCUAUCGGUGAAGAUACCGAUUUCAGUUUGGACAAGAUAUGUUUUGCUCCCUUAAGAAGUGGAAACGGUGAUACUGAUGUCAGCGAAUGCGUUGUCCAAAGCAUAUGGGGUUAUUAUCAAGAUGAUGAAGAUAUUUUCGACAAAACUGGCAAAGAUCCCAAUAACUACACAACAAAUUAUCUAGAUCAGUUUAGCAUGUGUUCACAGAAUCCAUACAAUCCAGACUGUUUAUCGAAUUGGGGAGGCCCGAUAGACCCUGCUAUAGCCCUUGGGGGCUUCCUGCAAUCAGGAGAACACCUCUCGAAAGAACCAAACUAUAGAGAGGCAACUACGGUCAUUUUAACCUUCGUGGUAAAUAAUUAUCACAACAAAUCGAAACUGAUACCGGCCUUGAAUUGGGAACAAGAGUACGUCAAAUUCAUGAAGAACUGGACGGUCUCUGAGAAACCAGAGUACAUGGACGUUGCCUUCACUUCCGAGAGGAGUAUAGUGGAUGAAUUGGACCGCGAGAGUCAAUCGGACGUAGCCACCAUAUUGGUUUCCUACAUCAUAAUGUUCGCGUAUAUAGUGACGUCACUGGGUCAGAUGAACAACUGUGAAAGAUUAUUAAUUGACAGUAAAAUAACGCUGGGCUUAGGCGGGGUGUUAAUUGUUCUCGCAUCUGUCGUAUCUUCGGUCGGUUUCUUUGGAUUCGUUGGCGUACCGGCAACAUUGAUCAUAAUCGAAGUUAUACCUUUUUUGGUGUUAGCCGUAGGUGUUGAUAACAUCUUCAUUUUGGUGCAGACUCAUCAGAGGGAAGUAAAGAGAAAAAACGAAACUGUCGCUCAACAUAUUGGCAGGACUUUAGGCAAAGUAGGACCUUCAAUUCUUCUCACAAGCGUCUCGGAAAGUUGUUGUUUCUUCCUUGGUAGCCUUUCGGAUAUGCCCGCAGUUAGAGCGUUCGCUCUGUAUGCCGGUUUGGCCUUGAUGGUAGACUUCAUCCUUCAAAUAACGUGUUUUGUUAGUUUGCUGGCACUUGAUACCAUAAGACAAAGUGAAAAUAGGUUCGAUAUAUGCUUUUUCCUGAGAGGAUCGAAAAAGGAGGACAAUUUGCCAGUUCCAGAUGGUCUCCUAUAUGCGUUCUUCAAGUCCGUUUAUACGCCGUUGUUGAUGAAGAAAUACGUGAGAGUUUCUGUUGUUAUCAUAUUCCUCGGGUGGGUGUGCAGUUCGCUAGCAGUGAUACCCGACAUAGAAAUAGGUCUGGAUCAAGAAUUGUCAAUGCCUGAAGACAGUUUCGUACUGAAAUACUUCCAAUUUUUGAAUAGCUACCUUAGUAUAGGACCGCCAGUGUACUUCGUACUUAAGAAAGGAUUAAAUUUCACAGAGGAUAAGACUCAAAACGCUAUAUGCGGUGGAAUGUAUUGUGAUACAGAUUCAUUGAUCACCCAGUUGUUCGUUGCUUCCAAAAUACCUGAAACUACUUACAUUGCCAAGCCAAGUUCUAGUUGGCUAGAUGAUUAUUUAGAUUGGUCGGAAUCCACAGGUUGCUGUAGGAUAACUAAAAAUGGGGGAUUUUGUCCUCAUACAAAACAAAGAUCGUGCAAGACAUGCAACAUUACCUUCAACGAUCUGGACAAACGGCCCAUACCCGAGGAUUUCAGCCGUUACGUUUCGUUUUUCCUCAAGGACAAUCCAGAUCCGGACUGCGCUAAGGCUGGUCACGCGGCUUACGGACAAGGCGUUCGGUACGUGACAAAUCCAGUGACGGGUCUCAGCAAGGUGGAGGCCUCCUAUUUCAUGACAUAUCAUACCAUUCUGAAGACGUCGAAGGAUUAUUACGAGAGUAUGAGAGCAGCCAGAAAGGUUGCUCAAGACAUAACUGACACCAUAAACAAUAAGCUGGGCGGACAGCACGUGGAAGUUUUCCCCUACUCCAUUUUCUAUGUUUUCUACGAGCAAUAUCUGACGUCCUGGAGAGAUACGCUCUUCAGUUUGAGCAUAAGCUUGGCGGCCAUCUUCGUAGUCACGUUCCUUCUGAUGGGUUUCGACAUUUUCUCGUCGACUGUCGUAUUAAUCACCAUUUUGAUGAUAGUGGUGAACCUCGGUGGCCUGAUGUAUUGGUGGCACAUCACGCUAAACGCUGUGUCACUCGUCAAUCUAGUCAUGGCCGUUGGUAUCGCGGUGGAAUUUUGCUCCCAUUUGGUCCAUACGUUCGCCACUUGCACGCAGAUCUCCAAAACGGAACGUGCGGCAGAUGCUUUAGUUAGGAUGGGAAGUUCAGUAUUCUCUGGGAUAACUUUGACCAAGUUCGGCGGAAUCUUGGUUUUGGGAUUCGCCAAAUCGCAAAUAUUCAAAGUUUUCUACUUUAGAAUGUAUCUUGGUAUUGUAUUAUUUGGCGCAGCCCACGGCCUAGUAUUCCUUCCAGUAAUCCUCAGUUAUAUGGGCGUGAUCCGGAAACAUCGAGGUGUUCUUAGACGGGAACAGGAAAGUUCCACCGCUGAGUCGCCUCUACUGUCAGCAGCGUCAACAAGUGCCCUCUACGAUGCUUUAGAGCCUCAUCUUAUCUGAAACUACAAAAACUUACCAUUAGGGAAGUAUUCUCUUUUUAUUGCAACUGUGUUAUUAGUUUAUUACAUUAGGUGAAUAUUUCGAUGUAUUGAUCAAAUUUCCCAAAGCGUUUUCAUAUUGUUCAUAUGAAAAGUUUAUAGUAGGUUUAAUGGAGAUGUUUAUAGGUUGAAUUUUAUAUGAAUAUUAAUCGUCCAGAACGAGAACUUGUUAUAUAUUUAUUUAAUUGAUUAUUAUUCUUUAUAUUUAUAAUUUAAUCAAUCAUUUUCGAAUACCAAAAAAUUUAAUGUUUCGAAUUCCGCAGCAGGUUAGGUCCCCACAGUAUUAAAUUUUUUUUUUCUUGCCAAGAAUAGUGUACAACACUAUCAUACAUAAUUUAUUAACCCAAACAUUCGACCAGCAUACUGAAAUUUUAAGUUUUCUAGUUCCGAUUAUUGACGACAGCAAUGUUGCAUAGAAAUUGUCAGGUAGAGUAAUUUGGUCCAUAUGAACCUAUAGGUCGGAGAUGACUCUAAACAUAAUGCAUAAUUCGAAGAAAGAAGCACUCAAUAAUGUGGUUAAAGUUGAAGAACUAUUCAUUUGUUAUCUAGUUCUCUUCUUAAAUUCUCUAGAUUGUCUAGAUUAUGUCUGUCUUCUCUUCAACGACAGUCUUUUUACAUAUCCUUACAGCCACGGCUUGAGGCGCACAAAUUGUUUAUACAGCUGUGCAUGGAAAUACAUAUAUUGAAGGGUUUUAAAAUUGCUCCUCUUGAUACUUUCUGUGCACAUUUCUGCAAACUGGAUACAAAGUUCCGCUUUUAAAUUGCCAAUACGAUCGAGAUUUUGAUUGAAACGUUUCAUUAACACUAUAUUAAUUUUCUUUUUGAACGUAUGCAACUAUUGCAACAGGGUAAUUGUUUAUUGAUUGUUUUUGAGACAGGUUCCUUAUCGAAUAUAUGUAUACAAAAUGAUAGUCGAAUACGUGUGCCUUCGAUUGCACCUAGUAUACAAUUUGUUGAAAGCGAAUGUAAUGUGUGAAACACAGUGUAUUCUGUGUAUAAGAAUUCUUUACUAGAAUAAUUAUCAAAAUUGAUGAUUUCAUUAACGUAUGUAUAAUAUCAUAGUAGUAAAUGAAAUUUGAGACUUGGAAGACUUGGGCAUCUCGAAUAAAACCGAAAUUUCGAAGCGGUAUAUUAUAUGAAAUUAAAUAUUUUCACUUACUCACAAGAGCUGAUCAAAGAAACAAAUUUUUAGAAAUUCGCCAAAUUCAAUAGAAGACAAAAUGACAGUUUGCGAAAAAACUGGGAUUGGUCAAUUUAUGUGCUUGUUUUUAGCUCUAUCCUGAAAUAUACAGAGUGAGCGAAAAGUAAAGCACAAAAUACAUAUCCUCGGUAUUUAUUAUUUUGUAGAAAAAUGAUUGAACAGGUCGAUAUUCAUUUUAAAAUAGUCAAUUUUUCAUGCAAAAUUGAAAUGUUCGUUAUCCACGUUAUUAUGGAGAGAAGUUGUGAUUUUUUUUUAAAUGACAUGAUUCCUGAGAAUGAUUCAGUCAUUAUUAUUAUUAUUAUUAUUGUUAAUAAUAAGAGUAAAGGUAAACCUAUAAACUCAAAAUUAAAAUAUAAAAUGGAACUGAGAAAGUUGUCAAGAAGUUGUGUAAGGAAAUGUUGCAUUAAAUAGAAUAUUAGGUUGUCCACACCAACCAUCCAGCGAGAUCUUGACAAGAUUCACCGUUUCGAUUACAAAACAUCGAUGGGUUUUUUUUUCAAACAUAUUUUUAUAGAGAUGAAAAGUUGCUUUAUUCAAAAUAAAAUUGGACCAGUUGAAGUGUUUUUCUACAAAAUAACAAAACUGAAUAUCAAUUCUAAUUUUUGUUGUCCUCCUUGUGAGAAAUCUUCAGUUAUAUAAUCUUAUAUUUCAACCGCGCUAAAAAUGAAUUUGUAGAUUAUUUUCUCAUGUCGGGAUGCAUGAAAUCACAUUCCGAACAAGAAUAAUACGAUGUAUUAAUGAGAAAAGAGCAAUGAAAUUUUGGGAAUGAAUAUUUCUAGAAUUUAAACAAGGUGCCUAGUUACUGCGAAUCUUUGAUGUUGAUGGUCUGUAUGCAUCGGAAGGCUAGCAAACAUCCAGAAUAAAUAAACCUCAGUUCCUCUAGUGAAACAAAUAAGUAUUCUCUCAAGAAGUGAUUAAUUAGAAAUUAUUUUUCAAAUCAUUUGACAGUUCUUCAGUGGAUUAAGAUCAAAUUUGACGAUGACAAAUUAUAAAUUUACUUCAUAUCAAUAAUGAAAUCGUAUUCUGGUUGUGUGAAGUGACCUUUAGGAACGAUUUCUAGUUAUCUUGAAGCUGUGUAUAGGUAAUAUUACGAUAUGUUAGAAAGAAGACGUUCACAUAUUUAUCAUCUGUUUUUAUUUGUGUAGUCAAAGAUGGAAAACUGUGUGAUAUCGAAAAUUAGCAACAUUAAAAAAAAUCAUUGUUUAGGAUUGGACUUCACCACUAGAAAAAUGAAUUAGGGAUUGUUCAAUUCAUUUGGGGCAUUGUGUUUUUUUAUAUAUGAAGAAAUGGUGUAAGGACAGAUUCUGAAAAUUAUUAAAACAUCAAUGUACCACUCCUGACUAAUUCUUUGGUGAAGUAUGAUUCAUUAAACAAUGAAAAAUGAAUUUUUGCACGAGUAUGAAGACUUAUGAAGAAAUUACAAAAAAAUGAAUACAUGAAAUAUUUGUUAUUUUCAGUGUCUUAUACUUAUUAUUUUUAGUCCAUUCUGGCAUCAGUAGAGAAUCAUAGACAUUAUGGCUUUAUGAAAUUAAUUUAGAUUUCCGCAUUUUAGUAAGACUGUUAGUUACUCAUUCAUCAAUGGAGUUAUGGUGUUUGCUUCGGGAUUUAUGGUGACCAAUAAUUGAUGAACUUUUCUUAUGCCUUAUGACUCAUUAUUAUGCAGUAUACAUAUUUUAAUUCUUAAAUUAACAUUAAAUUUGGGCGUAGUUAGAAAAGUUACUCGUAUUAUUAUUUUAAUCUUUAUUAAUGGAAAGUUACACUUUUUUUCGCUACCUUAGUCAAUCCAAAAACGCAGCAACAUAUGAACAUAGUUGUUUCAGUUGUGAUAUGUUCGAAUUGAAAACUGUAGCUCCAAUGAAUUUCCAUAUUUCCCAGAGAUUUUCAUGAAUAUCCAAAAUAGAAAUACUCCUCUACAUGAACUGUGAUAUCAAUGUAGAGAAAACUAAACAUUUCCAAUUUUUCGAUGGAUAAAAUAUCUUCUGCCUCGCAAUGUUGUUAAUUGAGUUGGAAAUGGUUUAUCUCCAUUUAAUUGAUUUUAUAUUGAUUUCCAAGAUUAUUUACUAAGGUGGAAAAUUAGUUACCAAAAUAUUGAGUUAUCGAAUUAGAUCGAAGGUGUAGUAUUUUUGGCAGCUAGAAAACAAAUGUUUACUUUCAUAUCUCUUGGGAAAUAUGACCAAAGACUUAAAUCAAUGAAAAUGUUUGAAUUCGAGUGUGCAUAAUUUAUAUCCUCUUUUGUGAAAAUAUUGCUUGUAUACAUUCCUCAAUCUUUAUUUUUAUAUAGUUUGUUUUGUAUUAUUUUCAUGUAUUUCAAAAAGAAACAAUAAAUAUAUUCAUAAAUA